UACGAAAUCUCACUUUCGCAAAACUCAUUAAGAUGUCUGUUGCAAGCAUCAAUGACGAUGAUGUGAAUGAUGAAAAGAAAUUCAUCAUAGAGAAGUCAGAUGUUAUAAAAAUUUUAGUUGGUAUUACAUUAAAAGAUGAAGACUUUGUUUUCUCAACAGAUUUUUCGACUAACAGACAGAACACUACUACUGAAGUAUUUCUUAUACCGGGUAUUGACGGAUGUGGUACUGUUUUUAGAACAAUAAUACCAUAUAUUAAGUUUUCAAUGUCGCUAUUGCAUUAUAACACAAACAACAUGGAUUGUACAAACAUGAUAACGGAGACAACUAAUCGUCUCACAAACAACAUACUUCUAAAGCUAACGGAUGGAAAAGAUUUUGUAAUAGUAGGGUACUCCUUCGGAUCUCUUAUUGCAAUUGAAGUAACAAGGAUGUUAGAAGCUAUGAAUUUUAAAGGCCGACUUGUUCUCAUCGACGGUGCUCCUGAUCUAGCACGAGCAAUGUUCAAACCUUUUGAAUCAGAUUUUGAUGAUGUAAAUUUUCAAAUUGAUAUAUUAACUAAUAUUCUGGAUAUCUAUUCGGUGGGAGGUUCUCAAAAGAUUUUAAUGGAAUUAAAGAAAUGUGAGAGCUGGGAUGAAAGAUUUAAUAUUUUCGCUAAACAGUUCUCUGUUACAUAUACAUAUCUCUCAUUUGCAAAUUUGAAGACACUGUGUAUAACGAUUUACAAACAUUUAUCCGCUCUUCGACAAUAUGAUCCUUCUACAUUGCCGCCUAUUAAGUCUUCCAUAAUAUUGCUGAAAUGUACACACUCGUCAAAUAUGAUUGCAAUCGAAGAAGAUUUUUGUUUGCAUAAGGUAACUCAAAAUGUAGUAAACGUACAUUACAUUGAAGGUGAUCAUGUGACAAUUUUGAAGAAUGAAAAAGUAGCAGCUGCUAUUAACGGAGAGUUACCAUUUAAAAUUUGAUGUCUUAAUUUAUUUAUAAUUUGAUUUUA